GACGCGCGCGGAUCGAUCGCACGACGGCGCGAUGACCGCGGGUGAUUCCGAGUCGGACAUGUCCUCCGAGGACGAGUUCUUCGACGCGGACAACGAGUCGUUCAGGUCCGAACCCCCGAGCCCGUCGUGGCUGACGCGCGCGAGCGGCGGCGGCGCGUCCGCCGCGCCCGCGGGGUUGGACGGCGGGACGAUGGUCCUCAGCGAGGUCGCCGCGACGAUGCCGAGCGUGACCGGGCAGGCGUCGCCGCCGCCGGGCGCGGACCCCGCGGGCGAGGCCGCGGACUCCGUCCCGAGCUCGCCGACGGGCGCGAUCGCGGCGGUUCGCGUGAGCGGCGAGGGCUGGGGACGCUCGAACGGCGACGCGCCGGUGGAAGGAGGAGGAGGAGGAGGAGGAGGAGGAUCCAGAGGAGGAUCCGUAGGAGGAUCUCGGGACGGCACGCCGAAGAGCUCGACGUCCUCCGCGGUGAAGGAGUUCGAGAUGGAAAAGGUGUUCAGGAUCAAAGACCUGGACACAGGGAACGAGUUCUUAGUCGACGAGGCCGCCGCGGACAGCAUGAUGGGCGGGAAAACGCUGAGCGACCGCGGCGACGGGCGCGGCGGCGGCGACGCGUCCGCCGCCGUCGUGCGGGAUCUCCAGACGGGACGGUCGCUGACGAUCGCGGAGUUCGAGGCGUCCAUGGGGUUGUCGCCGCUGAUGCGCGAGAUGCACCUCAGGGAGGGGAUGCAGGAGACGUCACAGGGCGACGGUGGCGGCGCGGGGGGGAAGCCCAAGCCCCCGAAGACGGCGGUGGACGGCGCGGAGAAGACGAAGAAGAAGAAAAAGUUUGGCAGAAACCCGAAGCGUUGGCUCAAGAAACGCAUGGGCCUCGUCCACGGCCACGGCGACGACCCGGCGAGCCCGUCGAAGCAGAAAGGCGGGCCCGGGUACGUCGAGAACGCGGAUGACCCGGCGAUGGCGGCGAUACGAGCCGCGGCGGCGGCGAGCGGUCAGCCCGCGCCCGCGGACUCCACCGCCCCGCACCCGGGUUUCGGACGCGAGCCCCCCGGGAGCGCCAUCAAGGUGAACGUGAACCGUAAGAUAUACAAGGAGUACACGGAGCUCCGGCUCGUGCAGAGGAUCGAGGCGCAUCAGGACGCGAUAUGGACGAUGCGAUUCUCGCACGACGGCGAGUAUCUCGCGACCGCGGGGCAGGACAAGGUGGUCAGGGUCUGGGAGCUCGACCGCGACGACGUCGCGGAGGGCGCGUCCGCCGGCGCCGGCGCCGGCGACGGCGCGGGGCUGGGCCUCGGCGAGAGAGAGAAGGGGAAGAUCUCCGGCGAGGGGAUCUUCAAGUCGAAGCCGCUGCGCGAGUACACCGGGCACACGGGCGACGUCCUGGACCUGUGCUGGUCGCACACGAACUGGUUGUUGUCGUCGUCCAUGGACAAGACCGUGAGGCUGUGGUACAUGACGAUGGAUGAGUGUCUGCGGAUAUUCUCGCAUCAAGACUUCGUCACCGCGAUCGACUUUCACCCGAUCAACGACAAGUACUUCCUCUCCGGCUCGCUGGACGGUAAGUUGCGGUUUUGGAACAUCCCGGAUCAUCGCGUCGCGGACUGGGUCGACAUCGGCGAGAUGGUCACCGCGGCGACGUUCACCUCCGACGGCUCUUGCGCGGUGGCCGGGUCGUACAAAGGGAAGUGCCACUUUUACUCGAUGGACGGCGUCCGCUUCGAUUACCUCACCCAGCUGGACGUCCGGAACAGGAGCAGCACGAAACCCGGGGGGAAGAAAGUCACCGGCCUGCAGUUCAUGCCCGGGGACGACACGAAGCUCCUCGUGACGUCGAACGACUCGCGGAUACGCGUGUACGACGGCGCGAACGGGUACUCGCUCGCGUGCAAGUACAAAGGCCAUCGGAACAACAACUCGCAGAUUCGCGCGUCGUUUUCCAACGCCGCGGAUUUCAUCGUUUGCGGCAGCGAGGACGAGAACGUGUACGUGUGGUCCACGGUGAACUCGUUCGUGCCGUCGAUCAAUCCGAUGUACACCGGGUACCGGAGAGAUAAGCACAGCUCCUACGAGCAGUUCGCCGCGCAGGCGGACAUAAGCACGGUGGCUCUGUUCGCGCCUCCCGAGGUGAGCGCCGCGCGCGGGGGCGCCGCCGCCGCCGCGUGCGACGCGGCCAGGGCGAAGAUCACGGGCAAGCCCACGAGAGCCGCGGCGGCGCUGUUCAAGGGUCGGAAAGGGAGCAUCCAGUCGCCGUCGAUGCGGGACGAGUUAGACGACCUCGCGAGCGCGACGACAGGGAGCGGGGGGAGCGGCGGCGGCGGAGACGGCGCGAGCGAGGACGACGGCGAGGGCGGGGAAGGGAAGAAGAGCAAACAGCUCGACGCUCGAGCGGAGGCGCGCGCGGAGGGGGAGCGCGCGUUCGCGUCGGGGACCGCGAUCGGGAAGGUCAUCGCCACGUCGGGGUACUCGGGGGAGAUUCGCAUCUUCGAGAACGUCGGGUCCCCGUGCUGGCUGUGACGCAACGAGCGAUUUCUUUUGACCGAGGAGAAAGAAUACACACGU